AUUUGUCACCAUGAGCCUCUUGUUGUUUGAGUCCAUCUGCAUUUUCCUGCUUCCCCAAGUUUUGCUGGUGCAGAGUAUACAAGAAAUUCAUGCUGACCAGGAGAUGAUCAGCAAGAUCUCAGCUGCUGGCCAGUUGAUGCAGUGCUCCGCUUCGUUAGAUGUCCUUUUCCUGUUGGAUGGCUCCUACAGCAUUGGCAAAGGAAGCUUUGAAAGGUCUAAGCACUUCGCAGGCAAGCUCUGUGAUGCCUUGGACAUCCAUCCAGACAGGGUCCGUGUGGGAUUGAUACAGUUCAGCUCAACUCCCCGCCUUGAAUUCCCACUGGAUUUGUAUCUAACCAAACGAGAGGUGAAAGACAGAAUCGAGAGGAUUGUGUUCAGAGGUGGGAGCACAGAGACAGGUCGGGCUCUGAAGUACAUUCUCCGCAAGGGAUUCCCUGGUGGCAGAAACUCGAGUGUCCCUGAAGUCCUGAUCAUCAUUUCAGAUGGCAAGUCCCAGGGCAGCACCGCGGUGCCUGCAAUGCAGGUUAAGGAGAGACAAAUCACUGUUUUUGCAGUGGGAAUCAAGUUUCCAAGAUGGGAGGAGCUGCAUGUGCUGGCCAGCGAGCCCACGGAGCAGCAUGUGCUCUUUGCUGGAGACGUUGAUGAUGCUGUCAAUGGCCUGUACAGCACCCUCACUGGCUCUGUCUGUACCACCACUGCUCCAGGCUGCAGAGUUGAAUCCCACCCUUGUGAACGCAGCACCCUGGAGACUGUGAAAGAGCUGGCUGGAAACUACGUGUGCUGGAAAGGCUCAAAGCAGUCAAAUGCAGUGCGGGCUUCACUGUGCCCUUUCUACAGAUGGAAGAGAGUCAUGAUAAAACACCCCUCCAGAUGCUUCCGAACUGUAUGUCCAGAUCCUUGUGACUCCCAGCCAUGCCAGAACGGGGGCACGUGUGUCCCAGAGGGACUGGACAAAUAUCACUGCCUCUGCCCGCUGGGGUACGGAGGAGACAUCCACUGCGCACCAAAGCUGAGCCUGGAGUGCAGCGUGGAUCUCCUUUUCCUGGUGGACAGCUCAUCGGGGGUCACACUGGAAGGGUUCCUGCGCUACAAGGCAUUCCUCAAGAGAUUCCUCCAAGGAGUGGUGGGCCAGGACUCACCAAUGAAGGUGGGGGUGGCCCAGUACGAUAACAGUGUUAGGAUACCCAUUGAAGUGGGGCAGCACAAGGAUGCAGUCAGUCUCAUGAAGAGAAUCGAUGCUUUGAAUUUCAGUGGAGGAGGAACCCUGACAGGCAGAGCCCUGCAGUACAUUGCACAGCACGGUUUUAGGGGCACCCCAGCCUUUGCAGACAUGCAGGGUGAUAUCCCACGUGUGAUUGUCUUACUCUCUGACUCCAAGUCUCAGGAUCCAGUGGCAGAAGCUGCUAAGUACGUGAGGAACCAUGAUCUCUUCUUGAUCGGUGUAGGCAGCAGCUUCAUGAGAGCAGAGCUGACCAAGAUGACUGGCAAUCCAAAGCAGACAAUUGUCUACUCUGACCCCCAGGACCUGUUCAACAGGAUCCCAGAGCUGCAGAGAAGAAUCUGCAGUGUGGACAAUCCUGGAGGCUGCCGGGCGCAGUCUCUUGACUUGGCAUUUGUGGUGGAUGCUUCAUCUGGAGUUGGCCUGGAGCAUUUCCUGCGGCUAAGAGCCUUUGUCAGGAGCAGCUGUUUGCAAUUCAUCAUCAACCGGGAUGUCACCCAAAUUGCCCUUGUGAUCUAUGGCAGCAGAGCUCACACCGUGUUCGCUUUGGACACCCACACGAGCAAUUCUGCUGUCCUCCAAGCCAUCGACCAGGUGCCUUUCCUGGGGGACUUGGGCUCUGCUGGCAGUGCCUUGCUGCAUGUUUAUGGUGACGUGAUGACGGUGCAGAAAGGAGCAAGACCUGGUGUCAACAAGGUGGUGGUGCUGCUCACAAAUGGAGGUGGUAUGGAGGAUGCAGCUGCCCCAGCUCAGCAGCUGAGGCACAACGGCAUCUUGGUGUUUGUGGUUGUCAUUGGGGAUGCACAGAAGGACACGCUGCUGAGGGUUGCUGGGUCUCCCAACUACCUGGUCCACAUCUCAUCCUAUGAGGACCUGCACUAUUACCAGGAUCUCAUCAUUGAAAGAAUCUGUGAAGAAGCAAAAAGCCCUGUAAACCUGUGCAAGCCCAACCCAUGCAUGAACCAGGGCGUAUGUAUCCUUGGACCUGGGAGCUACCGGUGUGAGUGCCAUGGCUGGGAAGGACCCCACUGUGAGAGCAGAAUUCUCCGGGGUGAUUCUCCGCAAUCCCCAGUCCUUCCUCCGCACUCACAUGCGCAGUGGACUCCAAGGGCUUUGCAGCACUUCUCCAGAGCCCCCCGGCACACCAGAAGACAAGUGGAUCAUUGA